GUAAUACGCAUAGGUAGUCUCACAUUGAUAUUGUAUAUUUAUUUUUAGAACGGUAACUGAAAAACCCAGAGAAGUUCCAUUUAUAUGCGGGAAAAUAUUAUGUCUUAUCGCCAAGACAUCGACUUGUAGAUAUUGAUUAGUGUUAUUUCUUUAAGAGUUUCAGAUUGAAAUAAAAAAAGAUGCCGAGAACGUACGUGGAUAAUUCUAUGAAUAGAAGUUUGGGUAGAGUCGGGAUGGCCCACGGAAGCAUGCCUGUUUCCCGUUCAGGUGGUGGGGGUGGCAGUAGUUACAGUGGCGGUGGUGGUAGUUAUGGUGGCGGAGGUAGUAGUUAUGGUGGCGGUGGUAGUAGUUAUGGUGGCGGUGGUAGUAGUUACAGUAGCGGUAGCAGUUAUGGAGGAGGAAAUACAAAGACAUAUGUAGAUAACGCUUCCAAUCGAAGUUUAGGUAGGGUCGGAAUGCCUCAUGGUAGCAUGUCAGUAUCUCGUUCUAGUGGGAGUAGUUAUAGUUCUGGUGAUACUAGUUCCAAAACAUAUGUAGAUAACUCGUCUAACCGUAGUUUAGGUAGAGUCGGAAUGCCACUUGGUAGUAUGGUUGUCUCAAAGAGUGGCUCAAGUGAUAACUCGAGUCGAGCAUCUAGCAGUGGGACCAAGUCAUAUGUCGAUAACUCAUACAACAGAAGCAUUGGACGAGUAGGAUUGGAACAUGGUACUGCUGUGGUAUCGGGCAAAAGUCCAAUGAAUUACGGAGAAAAAAUAUUCAAUGAUAGUGGUAUUGGAGCCUCGUUCUGCGAAUCUCCGUCACCAUCACCUGCCGCCAAAGUCUAUAAAGAUAAUCCUCUCAAUCGUAGUCUUGGACGAGUUGGUUUGCCGCAUGGUUCUGCUGUACAUUCAAGAAACUCGUUUGCACCAGCACCCCCAGUUACUAAGAAAUACGUUGACAACGCUUUCAACAGGUCAAAGGGGAGAGUUGGAAAGCCUCUAGGAUCUAUGUCUAUUUCUAGAAAGAGUAACACAACGUCUGGAGCUUCGGAUAUAUACAGAAAUUAUAUGAGGAAUCCUGUAAGAGAAAUCGAUUUCUCAAGAAUGGAAAUAGAUGAAGAACAGCAAUAUGAAGCUUGUGACGUGGCCCUCAGUCUUAUACAUAGAAUGGAGGAGGUGAUGCGAUGGCAGAAGGAAACAAGUACGACACGUGACCCGCACACUUCCGAUCGGGUACUGCAGAACUACAGAGGGACUAAAAUUGAUUUUAAAGACAUUGAAAUUAUGCAGAAAAUCGGCUCCGGUGGAUUUGGUGACGUCCAUUUUGCUAAAUGGAGAGGAACAGUAGUUGCGGCCAAAAAACUUCGUGUUCAGAGAGUUUCAAAGCGUAGGUUGAAGGAAUUUACAGAUGAGAUAUUUCUUCUCUGUGAAUUGGAGCAUCCCAACAUAGUAAAGUUUAUCGGUGCUUCAGUCGUCACUCCAAAUUUGUGCAUUGUGAUGGAAUAUAUGCAGAUGAGUUUGUUUGAUGCGCUACAUAUCAAAGAUGACAUAGAGUUUUCAGAGGAAGAAAAAAUUGAAAUAAUUCAGCACACUGCUCUUGGUCUAGAAUACUUGCAUGAUGCUAAUAUUGCUCAUUGCGAUAUGAAAUCCCAGAAUGUUUUACUUGACUAUGUUGCUGGUGAAACCCUUGUUGCUAAGAUAACAGACUUUGGACUUAGUAUGAUGAAAAACGAAACUGAAACGUCAACUUCUGCAGGUGGAGAUUACGUCCGCAACAUCGGAACCCCUCGAUACUCAUCCCCAGAGAAUUUGAGAGGUGAAGAUCUUCAACUUCGGGAUUUGAAGAUGUCUGAUAUGUAUUCAUAUUCCUUGAUUGUUUUCGAAGUUUGCUGUGAAGAUGAGCCGUUUUAUAAGUUAACCUACCAACAGCUGAGAAAACAAGUUGGCGAGUUGGGCCUUACUCCAGAAAUACCUUCCGACGUCUCUCUGCAUAGUAAUGUGCUUCGUCUGCUGAAUAAAUGUUGGGACCGUGAUCCAAGACGGCGUCCAACCUCCAAACGCUUUGCUGAAUAUGCACUGCAAUUUGAUUCUAUUUAUCAAAUUGAUUGAAAGAGGACAUAAAAAGGAACAGAUUUAAGUUGAGACAUUCAAAAAUUUGUUAUAUUAACUUUACUUAUAUCUACAGUCAAGACAGUGGGAUUUGAUAAUGAUAAAAAGUUACAUGCAACAUGUGCAAAGAAACUUGAAAGUAGUUAGCUGUAACAUGUUAGCUGUUUGUGUAGUUCAAGAACGAAGAAUUGUAUUGAAUGUUUAUGUUAGCUGUUAUUUUUUUUGUUCAAAAGUAUGUGACUAAAAUGAAUCAAAAUGUUUUUGUUAGUGCUUAAAAUUAUCACGAAUUUUGUGUAGAACGAUUUUUUUUGUUUUUCGAAAAUUACAAACAGUUAAUUUUAUUCGUGAGAGUGUUGAUUGUAUAUCGUUGCUCAGUAAAGUAAAGACAAUUGAAGUUCCUGUAUAUAACUUAAAAAUGCUUACACUCAUAUAAAAUGCAGAUGAUUUUUACUUCCAUAAAUUAACUAUUAUUUAUACACAGGAAUGAGGUAUUCAGGUUUUUUGUUUUGCCUGUAGAAAACAUCUAUUUUCCAUACUAAGCCAGUAAAGGCCAGAAUUCCUUGAUAACGUUAGUCAGUUAAUCUUAAUCAUUUUGUAUACUGUAUAUAUAUGGAUUGUCUGAUAGGAAUUAUAACAGUAUUAUUGCAAAGGUAUAUGAUUUGAUAAUGUGCCCGUAUAUCCAUUCAUUUCAGAUCUAAAGCAAAUUACACAUAAUUGUGACACCAUCUCUACUGUAAAAAAACAUCAUUUACAUGUAAAUAUAAUGAUUAUAAUAAUAUACUAUUACAUCAUCUAUAUAAUAACAUUGAGAGUAUGCAGAAAUUAGAAACAAAACCAAAGAACGCCAUAGAUGUCUUGUGUUGCAUUAUUUGAUUUUAUGUCAUGCUACUGUCAUUUAAUAAUGGGGAUAUUUUUAAAUGUUGGUGUUCUACAAAUAUAUUCUAUUUGUAUUAUUUUUUUUGGCAUGGUUCUGUUAUUAUACCACAAAAGAGGGGCGAAGGAUACCAAAGGGACAGUCAAACUCAUAUAUCUAAAACAAACUGACAAUGCCAUGGCUAAAAAUGAAAAAGACACACAAUUGUACACAUGACACAACAUAGAAAACUAAAGAAUAAACAACACGAACCACAUACUACGAAGCAGCGAGUGUAUAUAUAGCUUUUGAUUCGUUCAUCAGUCAGUCCGUCAGUGCUCAAUCAAAUGCUUAAGGAACCAGUCUUGUAUUACGACUC